AGAAGCAGUUCAUUGUUGGUUUGGAGGAUUGUUGAAAAGACUAUCUUUUAAGGCUUAAUUAGAUUUGAAAAUCUCAAAUGUGCUCUUGUUAGGUAUCGGUAGCCAAUUUACUUGAGCCACGAAUGUGUGUACUUUUGCCAUCUCUGGGGAAGAAGGCGUGUCCAGUGAUUGCAAGACAUGUUUCGGGGUUCCAGGGAAACGCAUAUCCCCCUCGGUUAAAUUGGAUGACGCUCUUUGGAUCUUUGGAAGGAAGAGUCAUCGCGGCUUCUGACUUUUACGCACCGAGCGUUUCAGGAUACAAGUUGCAUUCGUGACAAUCCGUCGAGAGCAGCCAGCAUGAAUAAUGCAUCCAACCGAACUAUUGACCCGAGCUGUACGAGCAAACCGCCUCUGGCCAUCGACAUCAUCCUCAAGUUGGACCUCUUUGGUAUCAUCCUGUACUCCAUACUCACUUUCAUGGCAGCAGUGUCCAUGUUGGUCUUCCUAGAGGAAUGUAUUUACAUCUACAGGAAAGUGCCUGCCAAUAAGAAAAGUUUAAUCAUCUGGGUGAAUGGAGCAGCACCGGUGAUUGGCACCAUGUCAUGUCUGGGGAUGUGGAUCCCCAGAGCCACCAUGUUUACUGAUAUGACCUCUGCCUGCUACUUUUCCAUCGUGGUCUUCAAGUUCCUGAUCAUGAUGCUGGAGGAGGUGGGUGGUGACGAGGUGUUCCUGAAGCGAGCAGGGAGACAUAAACUGAGGAUCAGCACAGGGCCGUGCUGCUGCUGCUGCCCCUGCCUGCCACAUGUGGCUAUCACAAAGCGCUCUCUCUUCCUGCUCAAACUUGGCUCUUUCCAGUUUGCGACUCUUAAGAUUGUCUUCACCAUCCUUUCCAUUGUUCUCUGGACCAACGGGAACUUUGAUCUGGCUGAUAUGAACAUUACUGGAGCUGCUAUAUGGAUCAACCCAUUUGUGGGCAUCUUAACAAUCAUAGCCCUGUGGCCUGUAGCAAUAAUGUUCAUGCACCUGAAGACUGCCCUGCGAACACUCAAGCUCAUCCCCAAGUACGCCAUGUACCAGCUGAUCCUGAUCCUGACCCAACUGCAAACAGCUAUCAUCAACAUCUUGGCUAUGAAUGGAACCAUUGCCUGCACACCACCUUUCUCUUCUCUAGCCAGAGGAUACAUGAUGAGUCAGCAGCUGUUAAUCUUGGAGAUGUUCAUCAUAACCCUGGCAACACGUCUGCUGUAUCGACGAGAGUACAACCCUUUACCCCUAGAAGAACACAACAAUAGUGAAAAAACCAAGAUGGUUGUACUGCAAGAGUCUCCAUGAAAGAUCUGUGUGUGGGUAUGCUUGUGUGCCUGAUGUUAUUGACAUUGUGGGGACUGAAACUUGUUUACAUACUCACAUUGGGGUAACUUGGCCUUUCUUUUGGGGACCAGAUGCUGGUUACCACCACCUAUAUCACUGAAUUUUAGAGUGGCAGCUUGGUUUAAGGUCAGGGAUAGGUCUAGGCAAGUAGUGGUUAUGCUUAAGGCUUGGGUAAGUUUCCAGGAAAUGAAUGCAAGUCAAUGUAAAAUCACCACAAGAAAAGACAACAAGCGUGUGUGUGAUUUUUAUGUCCAUGCAUUUAUUUGAUUAAGAGAUUACAUAAUUAAAUCCAUCCAUCC